AUAACAUUGUGAAAACAAGGCCAACAACUUUAUCUAUCAAAAUGGCGUCGAUGGAAGUUACAGCGUUAAAACACCGAGAACUAGUGUACAAUAACAUGCGUGAGAAACGCCCUCAUGUGGACCCAUUACGCCUUAUUGACUGCCUAAUUCGCAACAAGUGGAUCCAAAGGAACGCGCUGAAUUAUUUUUUUUCGUAGAGAUUUUCGGUCGUAGAAGGCAGGGUUGCCAGCCUAACGAGAUCACACAACCGCCAAGGCGUGGAACAGCUAGCGGCAAGACAGCAGCCCAGCCGAAACGUGGACCAGCUUGCGUCGGGGCAGCAGCCCAGGCCGAAUUGCCGAGGCGUGGAACAGCUAGCGGCAAGACAGCAGCCCAGCCGAAACGUGGACCAGCUUGCGUCGGGGCAGCAGCCCAGGCCGAAUUGCCGAGGCGUGGAACAGCUAGCGGCAAGACAGCAGCCCAGCCGAGACGUGGACCAGCUGGCGGCGGGGCAGCAGCCCAGGCCGAAUUGCCGAGGGGUGGAACAGCUAGCGGCAAAACAGCAGCCCAGCCGGAGUAUGGAUCGGCUGUAGGCGGUACAACAGCCCAGCCUAGGCGUGGACCGGCACCUGCCCCUACACAACCAAUCACACAAAGCGGAGCUGUCGGUGGUUGUUGUGCUGGUGGACCAUUUGCAGCCAACGGAUUGUUCGGCGGAGCUGGAAUGGUCAUGAUUGUGCCCAUCAGCAUGAUCACUCCAACACCACCGAGUUCGUCCAGCCCGUCGUCACCUUGCCUAAAUCCGAUCCCGUCCAGUCCGGUUCAGUCCAGUCCGAUCCAAGCUUCGAACGCGUCCAACCCGUCCAGUCCGGUUCAGUUCAGUCCGAUCCCAGCUUCGAACGCGUCCAACCCGUCCGGUCCGGUCCAGUCUAGGCAAGUCCCAUCCAGUCCGGUCCCAUCCAUCCCGUUCCCAGCUUCGAACGCGUCCAACCCGUCCAGUCCGGUCCAGUCUAGGCAAGUCCCAUCCAGUCCGGUCCCAUCCAUCCCGUUCCCAGCUUCGAACGCGUCCAACCCGUCCAGUCCGGUCCAGUCUAGGCAAGUCCCAUCCAGUCCGGUCCCAUCCAUCCCGUUCCCAGCUUCGAGCGCGUCCAACCCGUCAACACCCAGUCCGGAACCGCGUCAGGGUAAUUUCUUUAAGGUUCAGUCUAGGCAAGUCUCGUCCAGUCCGUUCCUAGCCUCUAACACGUCCAACCCCUCCAGUCUGGUCCCAUCCAGUCCGGUCCCAUCCAUCCCGUUCCCAGCUUCGAGCGCGUCCAACCCGUCAACACCCAGUCCUGAACCGCGUCAGGUUAAUUCCCUUAAGGAAUUACCCGCGGUAGUGGCCGCAAACCUCGCCUUGGGUCCGUACAAAAAAGUUACGGUUUACUUUAAUGGCGAGCCAAGCUUAAUUUAUUGCCAACCCCCCUCAAAUUCUGGCUGGCGAAACAAAAAACUUCAUGAGCACUCCCAAAAGCGGAGUAGAAGCAACCAAGGUCGCUUCCGGAAGGAGAAGCAGUGGGACGAGGACCUGCCUCAGACAAAGCGGCCGAAAAUCUGAGGGCGCCUCCGUUACGGUUGUUAUCAACUCAGUUUUGAAAAAAAAUUCGGACGCUGGACAAUCAAAAGGACGAAAAAUAUGUUUUAUUUCAUUGUUAUUGUGUACACUCAAAAAAAAAAUGUUACGUGUUGAAUUGUGCCUAAAUUUGCAAAGAGAA